AUGAAAAUUCGACUAAUCCAAAUAGUGACAGUUCUAUUUAAAAUAGAUAACAUUAAUUCAUUUUAUUAACAAGUUAAUUUUUAAAAAAUAUGGAAAAAUUUACAGAAAGGAUAAAAUUCCAGAAUUAAUUUAAACUUCUUUAUUUUUAUCAUUAUUUAAAAGUCAAAAUAAUAAAGCUCCUAUAUUUGUAGCAACAAGAUCUAAAUACUAUACAAAAAAUACUAUUAAAAUUGGAAGUUAUUAAGAAAAAUUGAUUAUAAGUGAAUAUUUCAUAUUCCGAUUGCUAACAUAGCAUUUGAUUGAAAGCUCAAAUCAAAUGGUUUAUCAAUACCUCAAUCACAAGAUGCUUUGUAAGUUUAUGAUUCUCUCUAUUUUGGGGAUUUUAUAAAUUUUAUUUUAAGAUUUCUUUUCUGAAUUAAAAUAAUAUGAUGAACCUUCGACUGAACUAUUUUAGAGAAGAGUAAAAAUAAGUAAAUCGUAGGACAUCUCAAUCAUAACUGAUGAUAACAUUGAUUAACAGCAAUCCCUUAUCUACGGCCUUCAUGAUAGAUAAAAUUUUCACAAUAUAAUAGAAAAACAUUCCGAAUGGCUUUAGGAUAUUUGUACAAGAUUUUCAAAAAUUUUACAAAAUUUACAUUCCAUCUUAUGA